AUGGCGGUUUAUACACCAGCGACUUGGCCAGUUCCACCCGACAUUCCAACAUGCGCAAUUGACUGCCUUGAUUUGACUACGCCUCAGUCAAUAUGUGAUAAAGGCUUCUUGAGCCCAGAUUGCCUAUGCAACGACCGUCUCUUUAUCGAACUCAUGGUAUCCUGCGUACCGAAAAGCUGUACAAUAAAAGAAGCUCUCCUCUCUGCCAAUAUCAGCCAAACCAUCUGCGACUUUCCCCAGCGCUCAAAAACCGAACAGUACAAACACAUAUCCAUGGCCUUGGCCGCAGUAACAACAGCCUUUGUCGUACAAAGAUUUGCGUACAAAAUAUACGCCAAAGUAGGCCUACAUCUAGACGACUUGUUCAUCCUACUCACCGUCUUGAUCGGUAUCCCCUGCACAGUCAUAAACACGCACAAGCUGACAGAAAAUGGAAUUGGCCGCGACGUGUGGACAAUAACGCCUGACCAGAGAACAAAGUUUAAUGUUUAUAUUUUCAUCGCGGAGACUCUGUACUUUGCUGCGGUGUCGUUAUUCAAGCUCGCCAUGUUGUCGUUCUACCUGCGUGUCUUUUCGGGCAAGUGGACUCGAAGACUCGUAUGGGUAACCAUUGCGGUCGACUUUUUACUCGGGGUUGUGUAUGUACUUUUAUCGGUGCUUCAGUGCCAACCUAUAAGUUACUUUUGGCAUCGGUGGGACGGAGAGCACACUGGGAAGUGUUUGGAUAGAGACGCCAUUGUGCAGUCGAAUGCGGCGGUUAGCCUAGCUCUUGACUUUUGGAUGCUGGCUUUGCCGCUGUGGAAGCUGAGAAAUCUAAAGUUGGACUGGAAGAACAAACUGGGUGUUGGGUUGAUGUUCUUUGUGGGCACCUUUGUUAGUGUCGGGAGUAUUAUUCGCCUCAAAGCUGUCAUCAGAUUUCGAUCCGACACUCUCAACCCGACGAGAGACGUAUAUGACCUUGCGGUAUGGUCUGCUGUUGAAAUCAACAUUGGUCUGAUAUGCGUUUGUCUGCCUUCGCUCAGACAGCUGCUUGUUAAACAAUUGCCGCCAUUGUUGGCAUCGACACGGCGCAGGUAUACUAGGCAGAGCAGCUCGGCUCAACUGAACCAGCAUUGGAAUGUUCUUCCUUCCCCAGAGAUGAUGAAACCGUUGCCUGCGGUGCCGCGUGAGGAACGGAAUGGGUUUGCGUUUUUACGUCCGGUGUACAUGACCAGGAAUGGGGAACUGCAGCUAGUUGUUACUGAUCAUGCUGAGACGAGGAGUUCGACAUCAGAGGAGGGGAGGACGUCAAGGGAGUGA